AUGAACAACGCGCAAGAUAUGUCGCCCGAUUUCGUGUUGAUGCGCCUGGUUUCCGCGGCCGAGGACGACCGCUUGGACGCGGAAAACGGGAAUCUGCCGCCGGGAGGAGGAGGCGUGGUGGUGGCGGGGCUGGGGAUGGGGAUGGGGAAGGAGGUCCUGGCUCACAGCGGCGUCAAAGCGGGGUUGGAUAUUAGCCGAGAUCUGACGGCGGGCCUCGAGCAUCCCGGCGGCCGCCUGAACAAAGCGCAGCAGAGCGGCGAGGGCACGGCGGCACCUGACUCCGGGGUGACGGACAGCCGAGCCCCGCUGUCCGCGCCUCCUCCGCCGCAGAGCCCCAUGGAGGCCCAGGGCUUUGACUUCGCUCCGAGCCCCGGCCUACGGCCUCAGCUGCUGGUGUUCUCCAACAUCAUGCGGAACGGAGAAGGGAUUUUGGAAUUAGACCGUCGGAAUCAACCGAGGGAUGCUCUGGGUUUGGACCGCAGCCCGGGGUCCGGCCGCACCGGCCCGGCUGUCAAUAACAACACCCUGAGUCCCGGAGACAUUCAGCAGGACCUGCUGGGCCGGACGUGGGGAGCGCAUCCGCCGGUCGUAACCGCGGAUAUGCAGGGAGCCGCGGAGCUAUGCCGCCGGCACAGACUCAUCACUACCCCGCCCGAGUGGCCCUUGUUGACGGAGAGAUCCAACCCUCUCGCCGUGAUUGACUCUAAGUGGGGGUGCGCCUCCAGGGACCGAGAGGGAGCCGUGUUUGAGCUGGCCCGGAGGUUCGGGGAGCUCGGGGUCGGUGCGGUGCCCAAGAUGCUGCUCAAGGCAGGGGAGCUCCCGCAGUGUUCGUGUCAGGGUGCACACAGGCCGGCAGGAGGGGGAGUGGAGCCCGGGGAUGACCCGACGGAGACCAGCGAUGCUUUGUUGGUCCUGGAGGGACUGGGGACCGGGGAUGUUGCCGGCCUGGGCAUGGACGAGUGCCCGGAGGGUGAGCCGGACGAUGAGCACGGACGCCGCGAGUUUUUACUCAACAGGAAACGGGAGAUCGUUCAGAAAAUGUCCGGGGCUUUCUCCAUCAGCAGCUUCCAGGCGGAGCUGAGGAGGCAGGUGGAGGGGAUGGCCCCGGGGGCGACCGAGGCGGCGCACCUGGGCGCGCAGGUGUGCAGCCUCCACGGGAGUUUAGCCAGCCGGCUCUCGCAGGUAAGCUCCGGGGAUUCAGAGGUCGUCGCCCAGGUCUCGGCCACGUCUCAGUCGCACACGCCGGUCCAGAGCUCGCCGUGGGCCACGAGCCCGGACCCGAGCCAGGCGUCGACUCCCAGAAGGCGGCCGGAGCGGUGCGCCAGCGCGCCGCGGACUCCCACCGGGUGGUCCGCGGGCGGGGAAAAGACGCUCAAAGUCCCGGUGAAGUCCAAAAAGGGCUCGUUAAAGAUCCGCCUGAGCAAACUGUUCCGGACUAAAAGCUGCAGCGGCUCCAACCACCUGCUGGACAAGAGGCCCUCGGUGACCUACUCGGUGUCUUCUGCCGGGAGUCUGGUGGACAUGGCGAGCCCCGCCGGCGCCGAGCAGGACGCGGACAGCCAGCCCAGGCUGACCCGGGCCCACAGUGCCUUCUCCCCCGCCUCCCUCGUUGCCUCCCUCUCUGCUUUCACCGGUGAGACGGUGUCCCUGGUGGACGUGGACAUCUCGCGGCGAGGAGCGAACACGCCACAUCCUCCCACGCCUCCUCCUCCUCCACGCCGGAGCCUCAGCUUGUUAGAUGACAUAGCCGGGCCUCAGCCCGGUCCUUUCCUAGUGAGUGUCAUGGGCGCCUCCCUGCAGUCCCUCCCCCUGCCUCUCCCUCCUCCUCCUCCUCCCUCCCACGCCACCAUCCAGCACAGCCUCAGCCUCAAUGACGCCUUCCUUCGGGCCCUCCCUCAUUCGACUCCAUCGCCGGCGGAUGCUCCACCCCCUUCCAGACAUGCCCCGCCCCCCAUGUUGUGCGCCCUGCGGCGGUCUGAAGCCAGCAACUUCACCGCCAGUCUGAGAGAACUGGAGAAGUGUGGCUGGUACUGGGGCCCGAUGAACUGGGAGGACGCGGAGAUGAAGCUGAAGGGGAAACCGGACGGGUCCUUCCUGGUCCGAGACAGUUCGGACCCCCGGUACAUCCUGAGCCUCAGCUUCAGGUCGCAGGGGGUCACGCACCACACACGCAUGGAGCACUACCGAGGGACGUUCAGUUUGUGGUGUCACCCGAAGUUUGAGGACCGCUGCCACUCGGUGGUGGAGUUCAUCGAAAGGGCCAUCAUGCACUCCAAGAACGGCAAAUUCCUCUACUUCCUCCGCUCCAGAGUCCCAGGGCUUCCUCCCACCCCAGUCCAGCUGCUGUAUCCCGUGUCUCGCUUCAGCAACGUGAAGUCACUACAACAUCUCUGUCGCUUCUGCAUCCGGCAAAUGGUCCGCAUCGACCACAUCCAGGAGCUUCCUCUGCCCAGACCGCUAAUAUCCUACCUGAGUAAGUUUUAUUACUACGACCCGGAGGAGGAGACAUACCUGUCAAUCAAGAGCAUCCGGAGGGUGGUGGGAGCAGCGCAAGACGCCGAGUCGCAGACGUAG